AUGGUCGAAUCUACGUACUCAGCUAUUGCUGUUACGUCAUUGUCAGCUGAAGGUCAACCCAGUAGCCUCCAGGAGCAACUGAAAACGUCCGACCAAGAGCAUAGACAACAUGUUAGAGUUCUGUUCGAACGUCUAAAAGAUAACGGACUUGUAAUCAAUUUUGAUAAAUGCCGGUUUGUGCAAAAACAGGUGAAUUUUCUAGAUUACACUAUUCGCGAGUAUGGAAUAUUGCCUCUUCCUGGGCGGGUGGGAGCUAUGCGGCAGCUACGUCGGUUUUUUGCCUCAGUUAACGGUUACAAGCACUUCAUUCGGCAGGUGACUGAUCAACAAGCAGAGCUGACAGUACUCGCUAAGGAGACCUUGGCGAAAUGUAAUGAGUCCCUUUCUAAUGGAACGUUGUUGCAUUUUUCUAUUCUCGGAAAACCAUUGGGUCUGAUGAUUGAUGCAUCUAGCAUAUCAACUGGCGUUGUGUUACGGCCAUUCGUCAAAGAGACAUGGAUGCUUCUUGACGUGCCGGAAGCUAAGGAUGGCGUACUUGAGGUAGUGGAGGUGAGCAUGUGUAUCGAAGAGAAUGGAGACGCACAUCGUACCAAGAGAUAUGAACUGAUGAAUCGAAACCGUAUCGAUGGAAGUCCUUCGUUGCUCAUUGUUAGACGGGGAGAGCCGUUUAAGUUGAAGAUCUGUUGCAGCAGGAACUUCAACGAGAAUCGAGAUGUGGUUUCCAUCCUGCUAUCCGUUCAACCAAUGAAUGGCGAAAAAGUCAGUCACGGGAACAGAACUAUUGUUUAUUUACCUCUAUCGAAGCCAGAUGACGCCGUGGAUGAGGAUGACUCCAGUUGGAGUGCUCGUUUGGAUAUGGUGGAAGGUAAUGAGCUGUCGGUAAGUAUCCGCACUUCUGCAAAGGCAUCGGUUUCUCGUUGGGAAAUAUCCAUCGAUACCAAACUAGUCGACGGUAAUGAUUCCAACAAUUUCAACGUGGCGGAUCCCAUUUACUUAUUGUUCAAUCCGUGGUGUGAAAAAGAUCCCGUUUAUUUGGAAGACGAAAAGCUGCGUGAGGAGUACGUUCUCAGCGAUACGACAAUGAUUUGGCGUGGUUGUGAGCAGAGCUUUCACCCCACAAUUUGGAAGUUGGGUCAGUACGAAAAGGACGUGUUGGAUUGUAGUCUGCUGCUGGUGUCCACUGUCGGACGAGUCGGUGCCAGCUAUCGUGGUAAUCCGGUUCGAGUGACACGAGCACUUUCGGCUGCCGUCAAUAGCAAUGAUGACAAUGGUGCACUGGCUGGAAAAUGGGGAAAUGACUUCCCGGACGGGACGGCCCCGACGGCAUGGGUUGGAUCGGUGAAUAUUUUGCAGGAAUAUUAUCGCACCAAGAGGGCAGUAAGAUACGGACAGUGCUGGGUGUUUGCCGGAGUUCUAGCAACAGCGGCACGUGCUCUCGGGAUUCCUUGCCGAGUGGUGACCAAUUUUAAUUCUGCACAUGACUCGGAAGCAUCUCUUACAAUCGAUUAUUAUUUUGAUGACAAAAACGAGCAGGUAGAUGGUGUAACUUCGGAUUCAACGUGGAAUUUCCACGUUUGGAAUGAAGUGUGGAUGCGUAGAUGUGAUCUUGGAACAGAUGCUGGAGACCUAUACGAUGGCUGGCAGGCGGUCGAUGCAACUCCGCAAGAGUUGUCGGCUGGAAUGUAUAAGUUAGGCCCCGCACCGGUUAAGGCCAUUAAACGCGGUGAGGUUAAUGUGUUGUAUGAUUGCGAUUUUGUAUUUGCCGAGGUUAACGCAGAUGAGGUUUUUUGGCGUUACAAAGGACGCAAUCAGGCUUUGAAACUAAUAAGGAAAAACUCUUCACGGAUAGGACAGUUUAUUAGUACUAAAGCAGUCGGUGUUUGGGAGCGAGAAGAUAUAACGGAUUCAUACAAAUUUAAAGAGCAUACUUGUGAAGAAAGAAUUACAAUGAUGAAAGCACUAAAGGAGAUAAGCAGUCCGUUCGUUAGACUCUAUACAAAUGAAGAGUUACACGACAUUAAUUUUGAAAUAGUGGUUAAAGAUGAUACUAAAAUCGGUGAUCCAUUUACGAUAUUCGUAAAUAUUAAGAACACGUCUGAACAGACAGCUUAUCCCGUUGAAGGCAUCGUUCAUAUUGAUACGGUUCUUUAUACCGGUAAACUGAGAAAACCAUUGAAAUCGAUCCCAUUCGAGAAGACCAUGGAGCAGAACGAUACUAGUUCGUUAGAAAUGCAUGUUGAUUUCGACGAAUAUUACAGCCAUAUUAUGGAUCAAGCGUGCUUCAAGAUUGUCUGUUGGGCCAAUGUGAAGGGAACAAAUUACGAAUUUUUCGCCCAAAGAGACUACCGUGUCAGAAAACCAGAUAUCAAUAUUUCACUGAACAACGAACCUGUAACCGGAUCAUCGCUUAGUGUUACGGCGACUUUGCAAAAUCCAAUGUCUAUUCCUCUGACAAACGGAGCAUUUCGGUUUGAAUGCUCGGGGGUGUGGCAAUCGAUAGACAUUGUAGAAGAUUGUAUCGAACCGGGCCAAGUGGCAACUGUAGUGUUUAGUAUAAUUCCACAAUUUGCAGGAGCUGCUCAGAUAGCCGCAAAAUUCAAUUCGACUGAACUGAAUGAUGUAGAUGGGUUCCUUGCUUUUGAAGUGCUUGAAAACAGGGAUUGA